AUGACCAAUAAUAAUCUCACCAAAGUAACUGAAUUCAUUCUUGUGGGCUUUACUGACCAUCCAGAGUGGGAGAUUCCUCUCUUCCUGGUGUUUUUGAGCUUCUAUUUUGUAACAAUCCUGGGGAACUUGGGCAUGAUCAUUCUUAUCCAUGUGGAUGUCCAACUUCACACCCCAAUGUAUUUCUUCCUGAGCCAUCUCUCUGUAAUGGAUGCCUGCUAUAGCUCAGUCAUAACCCCUCAGAUCUUGGCCACACUGGCCACAGGCACAACAAUCAUUGCCUAUGGUCACUGUGCUGCUCAGUUCUUCUUUUUCACCUUCUGUGCAAGUGCAGAGUGUUUUCUGUUGGCAGUGAUGGCCUAUGAUCGCUAUGUUGCUAUUAGCAAUCCUCUGCUCUACACAGUGGCCAUGAGUCCUAGAAAACGCUGGAGUUUGGUAGUGGGAGCCUAUGUGUGUGGGUUGUCUGGGUCCAUUCAAAGAACCACAUGUACCUUCUCCCUCUCCUUCUGUGAAGACAAUAAGAUCAAUUUCUUCUUUUGUGACCUCCCACCUCUGCUGAAGUUGGCCUGCAGUGAUACAACAAAUGCUGAGAUUAUCAUUGUUUUAUUUGGGAACUUUGUGAUCUUGUUUAAUGCCUUGGUCAUACUCAUUUCCUACCUGCUCAUCAUCAAGACUGUCAUGAAGAUGAAGACUUCAGGUGGCAGAAGUAAAACAUUCUCUACAUGUGUCUCCCACCUCACUGCUGUGACUCUUUUCUUUGGGACCCUCACCUUUAUGUAUAUAAGGAGUGGUUCAGGCAAAUCCCUAGAGGAAGAUAAAGUUGUGUCUGUCUUCUACACUGUGGUGAUUCCCAUGCUGAACCCUCUGAUCUACAGCUUGAGAAAUAAAGACGUUAUAGUUGCCUUCAGAAAGGUCACUAAUAGACUGCAGAUUUCCCAGAGUGUAUAG